GACUAAGAGAGAUAGAGCAACAGAGUGUUUUGUCCUUCAUUUUAAAGAUUGAUCUUUACGACAUAUUUUCUUUAGCACCUCACCGCAGCCAGGAAUACUCCUGAUUAUUAUAGGUACAGAGUGACGUCACUUGUACAUACCCUACUGUUUUUAAGACUGCUGUGACGUCACUGCUGCUUGAUGAUGAGGAACGUUUUUCCAUAUUCGGAUGCAUCUGUAAUCUUAUAGCUUUUCAUAGUCUCUUGUGGCUCAUGUUUCUAUCGGUUGUUUACUCUGUUAUAUGUGAUAUGUUACCUGUUGGAUUAGGGUUUGCUAAUUGGGAACUCAAUGGAGAUGCCAUGUUGGAGAACCGAGAUGGCCCGAGGGAGACGCAAGCCUACGUACAAGUCACCAGACGGACAUGUUUUACAGAGCACCGGAAGCGUUUGUCUUGUGGACUGUUUCUCACAUCCUUCGUUGCCGUAGCAUGGGUUGGUGGUACGCAUCUACUUCGAGCCAUGUAUAUCGACUACUCACAAGCAAAGGAAGCCAACGCUCACAUUAUAGCAACUGCUGGGAACCAGUCCUCUGACGAAAGAACUUACAUGCUCUAUCCAUUGUACAAUGCACCAUUCUUCACAACAUGGGUCUGCACGACACUGAACUUUUUGUUUUUUCCCAUUUAUUUGAUAUCAAGAUUCUGCGCCCCUCCAUCGGAGAAAACAACAUUUAAGAAAGAAAUCACAGAGAGUAUACAACCUUAUCACGAGCGAGGAUUCAGUAUCAUUGGCUUUUUCUGUAGAUGCUGCUUGUUCACCAUCUUGUGGGUGCUUUCUAAUUAUAUGUUUAUCUAUUCGUUGACUCUUCUGGACGCCACUGACGUCAUAGCACUCUACACCACUAAUGUUGCCUUCAUUUAUCUUCUCUCGUGGGUCUUAUUGCAAGAACAGUUCGUUGGAAUAAGGAUAGUUGCAGUCAUUAUGUGUAAUACUGGUAUCGCCUUGUUUGCUUACAUGGAUGGCGUAUCUAGAGCACUGACACUUGGAGGUGUAGUACUCGCUGCUGCAGCCGCUGCAGCAACAGCUGUUUACAAAGUUUUGUUCAAGAAAAUGGUAGGAGAUGUAACUUUAGGCCAAAUCUCAUUAUUUUUCAGUAUCCUAGGACUUUUCAAUACUUUACUCAUUUGGCCUUUCUUUCUUGUCUUUUACUUCACAAAUCUAGAAAUAAUUGACUGGCAGCAGAUACCUUGGCUGCCUCUUAUGGGUGCUGCCUUGUUUAUAUUUUUGGCCAAUCUAUUGGGAAACUUUGGCGUUAUAUGGACUUACGAAGUUUUUCUCACACUUGGAUUUUUAUUUGCAAUUCCUUCGUCAGCAGCUAUCGAUGUGUAUUUGUAUUCCGUUGAAUUCAGAGGAAUGAAGCUAGCUGGUGUUGUUUUAAGCAUGAUAGGAUUCUGUCUCGUACUUUUACCUGAAAAUUGGCCCGAUUACCUCAAAAUGUUACUUAUUUGGCGACGGACCAAAUAUUCUCAAGAAACUGUUUGCAAAAUUGAAUCAUCUCGAACAAGCUAUACUUCUCGUCUCAGAACACAAAGCGGCCGUGUCAAAUAAACAGAACUUUUAAGAAAACUAAAGAUUUGCUUCUUUGAAUCUGACCAACGCAUUGUUUAGUAACAAAUACACUGACUUAGAAUGCGCAUUUUAAACAAGUACUUAUCCGUUAGUUGGGUAUCAAGCAAAUCUUGGCUACUUCCGUGAAGCCUUGUCAUCAAUGCAUCAACAUUUCGUCAUUAAUUCGUCGGCAUUGCAUCUGCUGGCUACGGUUUCAGUUUAUGUUAAUUUUUACUUUAACUUUUUGCUUUCGGCUCGAUGUAUGUUGUCCAGUCUGCUUCACUUGUUGUACUAGCCUUAAGCAAAAAGUAAACAACAUUUAUCACAAAUAUUAAACAAAGCAUAUAUAAGAGACGCAAUAAUGAAGGAAAAAAGAUUUUGUUUGAAAUUGUCUGAUUUUUAAUUUCUUUCGUACUUUAAUGGCACUUAGUAUAGUUCUCUUUACAGUUAUCUUAAAGCGAACCUUAAAAAUUUAACGGAUUUUUUGAUGCGAUGAAUUUCUUCUGGUAUUCAGCUAACAGAUGUGUACCAAAAAUAUGCGUAAAUGUCAUUGUUUGGGAUAUCCAGGUAAAGCUUUAUGAUGUUUUUAAGUUAUUAUAAAGCAUAUUUUUUUAGAAAUUGCUCUUGUUUUUAAUGUGAAAAAUUAAAAUUCCGUUUGCAUAAUCAUUAAGAUACUCAUACUUGCUAUGCAAACAAAUAAUCCGUGAUACUUUAAAAAGAGCUGAAAUAUUUUGGGCAAUAAAGUAUUAAAAAUAUUUAUUUUUGCAUUUUAAUUUGUAUAUAAGCCUAAUUUAUAUUGAUGUUUUCUACAGUAAGAGGAAAAAAAUUGCAACAUAAACUUUAUAAUGUAUUCUCAAGCCGUCUUAAAAAGUCACAAUAUUUAAUAUGAAUUAUUAAAUCAUAUUUAAAAUACAUAUUUACUUUAGAUUAAAUGACUCGAUGCUUUUAUGUUUUUGCGCCUUUUUUUUAUUCUAGUUAAUAUAAUUAUUUAUUGAAACAAACUCGUAAGAAUUCAUGUAGGAAAAUUUAUU